CUUGCCUGCAUUAGCUUAUCAGCUAACCAACAUUAAUAAAGCGCUCUUACAACUAGUACAUGACUAAACCGACCGAGACUUUUGGAUUUUCGUUUUGCUGGGUGAACGUGAUUGAACGUGAUUUUUGCGACAGUCUGGUAGUUAACGUUACAAAAGCAACUGCUACAGUGUAACGUUAGCUGACAGUUAAAUAGAACCGUCAUUGCGCGGCAGUGGUUAUUAAUCAUCUUUUGUUCAUUUCGAAUUGGAUAGAAUAAAGCAGCCUUCAUAUUUCAAUCUUUUUCAUAUCUCAUUCGUAUGGAAGAAUGUUCAAGAACGAUUAUCAGGGGGGUCUCACAGUUGACAUUUUCAGCGCUCAAGGAAAGGACCCUGUGGCAAAAUGGAAACUACAUGGCAGGAAAUCUUCAAUAACUAAAGUGUUUGAUAAAGAAGUGAAGGGUUUUGUAUACAGUCUUGAAGGCAGCAGUCAAACACACAAGAUGCAGUUACCCAAGGACAGCAAGACGACUCUUGGACUGAUUCAGAAGUUUCUGAUUCUACAGGUGAACAUUCCUACGGGAAGAGAUUUUUCCACUGAGUUUUUAGUGACUGACGAAGAGCAUUUAAAGAAGAGACUCUACCUGUCUACUGUGCACAAAGAGCUCUCAGCAACCCCUUUGCAUGCGAGAAUACCUCUAUCGUGCCUCAAACGCAAUACUUGGUGUAAUCUGUGUAUCGAUCUGGACUCUCUCACCGCUGAGAUAUUCAGAGGGACGCGCUUCCUGUCUCUCGAUGGCAUCAUCAUCUCCGCCUGCUGUAAGGUCCGCCGCAUCUUCACGAUGAAGAAUGAACCCGCAGACUGCACUGAUGGAGGUUUAGAAGUAAGUAAUGGUCCAAAAGAAGAGAUUCCGAGGAACUGUCAGUUUCCCAGUGAAGUUCAGCAUGUUGUCCAGCUGGUGAACAUGAAGACGCUGGGACAGCCUGAUUUAAAAAGUGGACAUGCAAACUCGGAUGCCGAAGAGACAGGUGGUGUCAAAGCAUCCAUCACAAGGGGUCCUACACCCCGGGACUCGUCCCAUAUUGCUUUCGGGUCAAAAGUUAUCGGACCCCCUCCGCUGACCGCCAGAAAGAGCAGCACAUCUGCAAACAGGAAAGAAGAAAGAGCCAAGUCUGAACUGAGCCUUAACAUACCAUCAGGCAGAACUGAAAAUGUACAGCCACGACCUCCACUUGAAAGGCCAUCCGCUGAGAAAAUGGGCUCUAGGAGACCACAGAGAAUCCAAAAUGCUAGGAGAGAAAAAUCAAACACAGAUAAAGAAGGUGGCAAAAUUAGCCUGAACCCAGAGGGACCUGAGCUUCAAGGAAAAAUUGCAUUAUCCUCACUUCAAACUCUGGGCUCUGACUUACCAGUAGAAGAUAAAUUAACUCGUCCAAUUCUACGAGACUGUGCUUCUAGUACGGAUACAUCUGGGUCAGCCUUCAAGCCUCUAUGUGCUGCUUCACCUCCAGAUCGUCUGCUGACUACAGAUGAUGCUGACCUUUGUGACACAGAAACUGAGCUCUCUCUCUGCGAUGAGGAAGUCUUCACUUUCUCCUCAUGCCCUCACUCAGCCAGACGGAAUCAGGCUAGCACCAACCCUGUUGAGGAUUUGACCUUUGGCCUUAAAGGUCACAAGCUGGUAGCAGAAGGAGAGCGCAAAGAUGCACGUCUGGAGGAUGAUUUUGUUGGUAGUGAGAGUGAAGAGGAUGAAAUACAUACCGAGUUCCUUCAGAGAUGUGCAGUCCAUUCUAUUACUGCUCCCCCACCACCUCCUUCAGUACAAAAAUACACAGUCCUACCCAAGUUCUCUUCUGAGCCAAUUAAGACCCAGGCCUCCACAGUCCAGCAUGUCUCUGAAGGACCAAAGAGGCAUGAAUCCAAGCGGAUAGCACCAACCCGCUGCCUCUCUCCCAAUACCAGACAAGGGAGCAGACUGGAUUGGCCCGAAGCUGGCAGAGCAUUGCCUGAUGGAGAUACCAAGAUAACUCUCAGCAGAGCAUCUGUGCGAGAGAUUUCGCUGAAGAAUUCUGGCCUCCAAAAGGUGAGUGUCGAUGAGAGGGUUCAACCUUUGGGCUCCAGCAGGUGCGACCUGAGGAGAAGUCAAGACGAAGAGGAUGAGGAAGAUGAGCUGCGAAUGUUGGCCAGUUUGAAGAGAGAACAGGAGGAAGAAGGAGAUGGAGACAUGAGUGGUCCGGGCCUUAGCGCAUCACAGGUUCACCACUGCAACAUAAGUCUGAGUGCAAGCAGCGAUGAUACUUCAACCUGGACUCAGUGCAUUCCUUUGCCAGUGGAUCAAGGCCAGCACUAUCAGAAAGAAAUGAACCCUCUUCUUCACUCUAAUCCCAGAGAAUGGAUGGAUGUCCUCAGCCCUCCGAUAGUUCAUCCAAAUCAACAGAUGGCAGAUGGGAAAGCAGACCACGGCAAGGUCUCACCCAGAGGGUCUACGUUGCACAACAGCAGUGGAGAAGAAGAGUUUCUAAAUUUAAUGUAUGAUCCCUGCCUCAACUGUUACUUUGAUCCACAAUCUGGAAAAUAUUACGAGCUGCUCUGAUCCCAAGAUGAGCUACAUCAACAACCGUGUUGUUCAAUACUGCCAUAUAUAUGUAUGGAUUAGUUGAAGCAUGCUGUACAUCGAAACAUUUAAUGGUUUUAAUGGAAAUUUGGGAUUUACAUUUUUUGUAACUGUUUCCACUAUAAAAUUGGUUUUUAGUGCUAAAUUCACAUUCAAGCUUGUUUGAGCUCAUAACAGAAGUUAAAUUUUCAGUAUGCAAGAAAUAAACUUAUAUUGUUGAACCCAUUUUAGUGUUAAAAGUCAUUUUUUAUUAUAACUGCUCCUAGACAAUAUUAUGUAAAACAAACCAAAACUAUACAAUGCAAGAAUUUAAUUCACAGGCUUUAAAUCAAUAUCACUUUUGAAAGUGACCCCACGGCACACUGUUGACGGAAGUCACCCCGCUGCCGCACGAUCGGCCAAUCACACACCAGCUUCUCCUUUACGUCAUUUGACAGGUGGAAUCACUAGGAAGUAAACGUCUAUAAUGGCGAGAAAGUCGUUGAAGUUAAGCCACCAUCCAAAUAUGUUACUAAAUGUGAUUUUGUAUAGCGUUUUGUACGAGUGCGCCUUCGCCCUGCCGUCGUAUCGCGAAUCCAGAGAGUCAGAAAGUUUGGAGAAACCCAUCUCAGCACUCAAAGUUCAACAGGCUGCAAGACUCCAUUUCGGAGUAAUCGCGUCUGUUGUGAUUGUUAUUGUAGCUGCAAUAGCAGCUGCUGUCUUCGUCAUCCGGAAAUACUGCUGUCCGCAGAGUAAUGUAACAUAUAGAUACUCAGAGCUGCGACAAAUGGAAGAACAAAAUGCAGCCAGAGAAGAGGAAAAUGAUUCAGAUGAGGAUCUUUUGGAGUGAGUCACGCAGCGGAAUAUAUUGACGUUUCUCUUCCUUUUUAAUGCUGUGCAAUUACACGGCCAAAAGAAAAACGCAUGGGUCAUUUAAAAGCCCGCCAGGACUUUCUGAAAUAUUUAUAUCUGUUCCACCAUUUUUCAGGACGAACAUGUCCACCAACCAGUUAAAAUUAGCUGGUUAAAUUUGGCGGGACUGGAAGGCUAAAAUCCCCUACGUGAAAGAACUUUGGGGAAAUGGUUUAACUGUGAUUUAUUUGCAGGUGAAAAAAUUAUAAAAAGAGCUGUUAUGGUUACUGCGCCCAUUGCUUAAAACUUGGUCAAUAUUGGAACUGCCUUUUAAAUGCACUCCCUGAAGAACUUGUUUAGUAUUUGUUUCAGUUUCUCACAGCAAGGCACGCUGUACCUGCAAAGUCUGUGGAAAAGAUUGUUGCUCUGUUUAUUGUGCCUGACCUUUUCUUGAUUUUAAAACAGCUUUAUGAUCUCAGGGUUUUCCCACUGGAUACUGUGAACGGUGCCACUUUUACCAGAAGUGCAUCCGAAUAAGCAUUUUACUGUAAACCUUAUCAACUGUAACGAUGCUGUAGGAUUUCGAUUCCAGUGACUUGCUGAAAUCUGUUACUGUAUUUUUAAACUGUGUGGUUUUUGAACCUUAAUCUGCACUUUCAUGCAGGGAAGUAUUUUUGAUGAUGGAAUUCUGUAUCUUUAGAUUUUCGUAUGUGCAUGUUCUUAUCUGAGACUGAACUACUGACUACUUAAAAUACAUGGAAUAAAAUGAUAUACUUUA